UUCCCCUUUUCUGUCCUGCUCCCGGAGCUGGGCUUCUUCCCCCUCAGUGCCUCGGAGGAGGGGACAGCGGCACCAUGGCCCCCAGCACGGCCGUCCGCCAGACUUGCUGCUGCUUCAACGUCCGCAUUGCCACCACCGCCCUGGCCAUCUACCAUGUGAUCAUGAGUGUCUUGCUGUUCAUCGAGCACUCCGUGGAGGUGGCCCACGGCAAAGCCUCUUGCAAAUUCUCCCAGACAGGCUACCUCAGGAUUGCUGACCUGAUCUCCAGCUUCCUGCUCAUCACCAUGCUCUUUGUCAUCAGUGUGAGCCUGCUGGUCGGUGUGGUCAAGAACCGAGAGAAGUACCUGCUGCCCUUCAUGUCCCUGCAAAUCAUGGACUACCUGCUGUGCCUGUUCACCUUGCUGGGCUCCUACGUGGAGCUGCCUGCCUACCUCAAGUUUGUUUCCCGGAGCCGGGCUCACUCCUCCAAGGUCCCAGUGAUCACCCUGCAGCUGCUGGACUUCUGCCUGAGCAUCCUGACCCUCUGCAGCUCCUACAUGGAAGUGCCCACCUAUCUCAACUUCAACUCCAUGAACCACAUGAAUUACCUCCCCAGCCAGGAGGAAAUGGCUUACAACCAGUUCGUCAAGAUGAUGAUCAUCUUCUCCAUCGCCUUCAUCACCGUCCUCGUCCUGAAGGUCUACAUGUUCAAGUGCGUGUGGAGAUGCUACAGACUCAUCAAGUGCAUGAACUCAGCCGAGGAGAAGAGCAGCUCCAAGAUGCUGCCGAAGGUGGUCCUGCCGUCCUACGAGGAAGCUGUGUCUCUGCCAUCCAAGACGCCGGAGGGGGACCCAGCGCCUCCCCCAUACUCCGAGGUGUGACAGCGCCAGGCCCCAGUCCCGGUGCCGGGAGGGGCGGGGCUGCCUCGCAAUCCACGUCUUCUUCGCUUUGGUGGCCCCCGUGGCCUGGGAGAGCCACCCAGCCGACGUCAGGACAAUCUGCUUGUGUACCCCUCGCUGGCCUGCUUUUCCUGUGGGGCCCGGGAGACGCUCACCGCUCACCGUUGGGUCAACCCUUUAGGCUAAAGGACUCCUUGGGUCUCUCGAAGAUUCGCUCUAACAACACGUGGCUUAUUUUGAUCAGCUUUGAUGUUUGUUUAAACAAUUGGUCAUUCUCAAUUCGUUGAGUUUGGUUAAAUAACUUUCAGCUUGGCCAGCUUAACCAAGUGGCUGACAAAUUAAAACACACACUCACUUGUCAGUUCAGUAAAAUAAUUUGGUCAAACAACAA